GAGCAGAACAUCAUUAAGAAAAGGAAGAACGAUGUUCUAACGGUUCAAAAGGGAGGGUUUAAGAGAUGAAAAUAUCAACGUGCUGAUGUAAUACAUCAACAACAAUAAAAAUAUGAGAGAGACUCUCCGCUUCUCUCUAGAAGUCCGUUGAACAUCUUUUUAAGAAAGCCAUGUUCGCUGACUUUCAUCUACCAUACGCAUGGCGCAGGGAUAAUCAACGAUAUGACAGGAAAGCUCCGCGAUGGAAAUCCCCAGGCUACGUCUACAUCUACGGUACGCAUAGCGACCCACGAACCUGGAAUGGUCAACGACGAAACUCACCCAGGUUUUACAACCACCGUACGCACCAGGAACCCCCAUCCGCAUGGCGCGGGGAACAAAAUUCGCAAUGGAAUUACCCAGGGAACAUCCACAACCACGGUUCGCUGCGGGAACCCCCAACCGUGAAUCGCCAAGGGCGACACUCAAUCAGGUUUUACAUCCACAAUCAGGCCUCAGCUGGCGGGUUUCAGGACAAGUACUUCUACAAUUUUCACAAUCCCAAUCGAGGAAAUCACAGAGGCAACCACUCUUGGGGCCGACAGCAGGAAGCACAGGGCUUCAACGAAUAUCAGCCAAAACGCCCAAGUCGCUAUUCACCCAACACCAGCGACCUAGAAGGCUCCUGGUGCAUAAUCAAGAAUAGGCGUACUGCGAGGCCUCAACGCAGAUUCUCGGGCACCGAAGGGCCACCGGGUAUGUCCAAUCGUUUUAUUUGCCUAGACAUGGAAGAUGAACCUUCCUUCCAAACACAGGAGUUUGAACCUUACGGACUAAAUCACCCUAACAGCUCCUUAUACGAUUAUCAGAGAAAAGAAAGAGAAUCUUAUACAGAUUGGGGAAAAUAUAAACGCAACCCCAAAAAUCCGACCUUGGAAAAUCCGACCUGGGAAUCAGUUGUCCCAAAACUCGGCUGGGAGGGAGGCGACCGACUGAUCCAGAAAAAUAACCAGACCGGUGAAGUCGCCGGAAAGAUGGGGGAGGGGGGCGACCGAUUAAGUCCGGUAAAGACACCGGAAAUAAGGCCGGAGGACCCACAAGUCUCGACGACGGAAUCAUUGUACGACGUCUUUGCCAAUCAACUUCACCCACCUAACGUGAGGAGUCUGGCGCAGGAACGAGCUGAAAGCUACCCCAGUUAUCCACCGCAGAAAGAAAGAUCCAAAAUCAUCACAUGGGCUGACACUUUAAAAUCAGGCAAGGCAUCACUCACAGGUGUACAUACUCAGCAUCAGGACCCAAUUGCUCCUAUUCAGUCAACCUCAAGUUUAAAAAGUCUCUCAUUGGAGGAACACCCCCGUUUGGGCAGUGUCAAUUCACCUAGAGGAGAUCUUCUGGAUGAGAGAGAUACUAUACAUAUUAAGGACUCACAAAAGCUCAAUUUUUUUGCACAAGGAUUUGACAGAAUCAAAAUUGAGUCAAAACUCUUUCAAUUUGCUGUCAGUAACAAAGAGAUUAUCAUUGUGGAAAUCAAAGACUCGUUACUGAGCAAGAUUAAUUUCAGAUCAGACCUAAGCCCCCAUAUCAUCCAGUUCAUUUCGGAAAUUUCAAAUGCUAAUUGCAAUCAACGCAGGAAAUUUGGACAUAUCACCGUUUCCUCUGAAUCCAAUAAAGCAGGCGGCUUUUUGAAAAUUGCUAAAGAAAGGGGGAGCUUCAUACAUGCCCCCAUGGGACCAAAAAAGUCAAACCUGUUUAAAUUCAUUAAAUUUUUUUCUAAUUUUGUAGGGUUACAAAAAUCUUUGCAGGAUGACUUAAUCUCCUUUCAACGUAGCAGCCCUACUUUUGAAGUUGAGGAAUCUACAUCAAUCUCUAAAUUGAUCUUUAAUUCCCAAAUCCAGGAAUCAACUACCGGGAAUCAACAAGUACACUCUCCUACCAGACAACCCCAGUUGUCACCUAUCCAGGCUUACUCGGGCGUCUCAGACGGUUUCGAUCAUUCUGAUGACUCUUUCUUCUCAGACGACUUUCUGGGACAUGCAACCGAAAGCGAUCGUCGUCCUCCUAUUUCAAUUCAGGAGGAAAUCAGGAAAUCCGAAUUCAACAAAGCGAUUUGCCGCAAAGCUAGCUUCGUUACCUCCGAAAACUAUCUGCCAAUAGAAAAUCUGAACACGCAGCUAAAGAUUUACAGGAAAUCUCAGAAGAAUAAGAGAAGACACAAUAUGAGUACAAGAUCUCAGACCAGAGAUUUCCCUUAGGCUUAAAUUUGCUAUUUUCUUUUCUUUUCUAUCUUCUUUUCUUUUCUGUAUUGUUUUUUUCUCUCUUUUUCAUUCUCGCAUUGUACUACUUCUUGUUAUCAAUAAAAUCUUCU